UGCCCAUCUACUUCGAUGGUCAGUGAAUACAAGAGGGAGACUGAAGCUGAUGACGAGAGAUAUGGUCUCAGGGAUCUUGUGGAAGACUGCAGAUCUCGUUUGGGCAAUUUGGAGCAGAUGGUGAAGCAGUUUACAGAGAAGGUGGAAAUAGCUCAUCCACCUCCAGCUCUGACCAUUGGUCAUAAAGUAAAGGAAGUGCCACUCUGUCAUUACUUUAGAGAGGAGAGCAGCUCAACUCAGACAUCACUAGGAACGUGUUCAGCCGUGGGCAGUACCAUGGAGAGCAAUACAAGCAUCCAUGACACCUGUCACAUAAGACAGUGCAAAGAUGCAGCCGUACGGGUCCCUGAGGAGCUGAUUGAUACAAAAGUGGGAGACAAGGAAAACUUGCAUCACUCUUCAGGCCUUCUCACCAAAUGUGAGGUGAUGGAGGCAAAUGUGUCCAUCCUCCCUUCCCCUGAUGACCAGCUAAUCUCUGCAGCCAUGCUGCAGGCCGCUGCUACACCUGGCAGCAGUUUUCAGAUGACGGAGCGUGGAGUUCUGUCUGAUUCUCAACUGUGCCCAACAGCCGUGAUGCAGGCCACUUCUACACCUGAUUCUCAACUGGAUCCUCCAGCUGUACCAACUUUUGAACAGCGCUGUGAAAUGAUCACAGAGACAGAGGACCAGGAGAACAGUGAGGAACGUUCUCAGCAUGCUGGUGGAGACAUUGUGGAAAGCAAUGUUUGCAAAGACCUUGCAGUUGCUGAGAGCAUCACACCUGAGGUGGAGGAGGUAGCAGAGGCCACACUGAUGUCAUCAGACGUUCUGCUGUUAACAUCAACCACACAGAAGUAA